AUGAAUGAUGAACUAACGACACAAGCAACAGCUGCCCCUAUUGUUCUUAAAAUAAAAACAUACGAUGAUAUCAUUCUUCCUCACACAUCUCGCUUAUCAACAGAUACUUUAAACGAUACGGCUCAAUCAUCAUAUAUUCCAAUUAGUGAAACGUCUAAUAUUACAACAGUGUCACCCUCGAUACUUCGUGUUAAGUUAAAAAAAUCCUAUAUCGAUAACGAUGAAGAGGAUGAAUAUAUAACUUCCAAUUCGUCAGAGAUAUCAGUUCGUCCAGCAAAACGUAGUAAAAAAUCUGUUGUAGGUGAACAUCCUAUAAAUAAUAAUUUAGAAUUAAAUAAUGAUCAAGAAUCUAGUCAACAGGAAAUAAACGAAAUCAAACAAAAUCACUGUAUUAUAACUGAGCAAUCAUCGAAUUCUUCUUUAAUUCUUAAAAUUCGUCGAGAUAGUUUAGCUUCGACUAUAAGCAAUCGAAAUACAAUUGAACCUGAAUCCAAUCAACAGUUAGUAGUUAAAUUUAAGCAAAAUGAAUAUGGGGAAUUGACAACAAGUACCAAUUCAAAUAAUAUUUCAUCGAAUUCAAUACAUAAUAAUGAUAAUAAUAAUAAUAAUAAUAAUGAAUAUACAAAUGGCCAUAAUGGUUCAUCACAUGAAUCAUUGAAUAUUUCACUAAAGCAAGAAGAUAAAUCUCCAAUUCAACCCCAUAUUACCAAUAUGUUAUCGAAUUUGAGUGAUGACAAUCAAUGGAAUAAUCAUCAAAUGAAUAGAAAUCAUAUUUUUCCACAAACAACAACUACAAGCCAUCUGAUGGAUGUUAAUUCUACUCCUGCAGCAACGACAUCAUCAACAACAGCAGCUGAAAAUCAUACAAAAGAAAUGUUAGACGAAGCAUUGGAUAGCGUCAAAAAUGUACUAAUGCAAACAUUCAAGAAAAAUUUAGAAGCAGGCGGUGACCUCAGUGCUUUAAAAAGUACCUUAGGUUCAGAUGAAGUAGCUGAAGUGUUUCUAUCGAAGCUAAGAGAAUCACUCAAACGUGAAGCAGUAUCAACAGUAGAGAAUGAACAAAAGUCACAAGAACACAUAAAUGCGACCAAUGAAAUUCGUUCAUAUCAGCCAACUUCUCUGUCUACUCCUCUAAACACAAUCAUUUCACCCAUAAUGAACGUUGUUUCACCCUCUCCAUCAUCACCACUUCCAUCAAUAUCAACAAUAAUUGCAAAAAACACUUCACCAUCGCCAUCCAUGUCUUCUCCUUCACCUCAACCAUCAUCAUCAUCAACAACAACAACAACAACAACAAGUUGUAACAAUAAUAACAAACGUAAAUCUUCCAAUCCAAUAACAAAUCCAAAUCGUUUUGAUGGGACAACAGAAGAAGAAUUAUCAAAACGACUUCUUUCAGAUAUUCUUCAACCGAAUCUUGAUAUUGUUUUCGUCGGUAUUAAUCCAAGUCUCUAUGCUGUACAUAAAGGGCACCAUUAUGGUGGACCAGGAAAUCAUUUCUGGAAAUUACUUCAUAUGUCCGAUUUGAUUCCAAAUGCGUUUACUGCCGAUAAUGAUUUUCGUAUGCCACAAUAUGGCAUAGGUUUUACGAACAUAGUGCAACGACCAAGUAAAGCUGGAUCAGAUAUAACCAAAGAUGAAAUUACGGCAGGAGCUGAACUAUUAAUGCAAAAAAUUAAAAUGUAUCGCCCGAAAAUUGUUGUAUUUAAUGGACGAGGAAUUUAUGAAGUCUACGCAGGUAAUAAACAUUUUCAUUACGGUAAACAACCUGAAUUAUUUCUUGGAACAGAUACGCAUGUUUUUGUAAUGCCAUCAUCGAGUGCUCGAUGUUCACAAUUACCACGUGCUGAAGAUAAACUUCCAUUUUAUGUUGGACUAAGAAAAUUACGUGAUUUUCUCAAUGGUACAUUGCAAUCAUUAAAUGAAGCGGACAUCACAUUUCCCGAUAUAAAAAUCAAAGAUACAGAUGAUGUUUUACAAAAAACAAUCAUACGAAUUAGUAACAAAGCAUUUUCAGAACUUUCGCCUGAAACACUUAAAACAUAUGGUGAUAAAAUUCCAUCUGGACAAAUGACAUCAAAAUUUAAUUUUGACACAGAAACAACUCAAACAAUGUCUAUUUUACAUAAUCAACAAAAUGGUAAUUUACUUAACUAUGAUCAGCCAACAUCUUCGACCAAUGGAAAUGUUUCAUCGAAAACUUCAUAUAUAGAAAAUACAUCAUCGAAUGCCGCCAUAUCCAUGAACGAUACAGAUCAAGCUGUACUAGCUGCAUUAGCUAAUGGUGCAUAUGGAUCAUCGCCAAUUCAACCGCGACAGUCUCAAACAGUUUAUGUUGGUAGACAACAACAAUCAACUUCAUACUCAGGAUUAUCUUUGAAGAAUAAUACUUCCACAGGUAUCGAUUCUCGUUUAUCAACUCCAUCGUCAUCUCAUACAAUUCAUCAUUUACCACAAUUAUCUUCUAACGACCAUCAAUAUCAAUCCAUAGCUUCUUUAAAUUCUCAAACUAUUUCUCAUCAAAUAGUUGUUAUUAAUCCUAAAGAACGAUUAUCUGCAAAUAAUCCGAUGCUUACUUCAUCUUCACUAAAAGAUUUAUUAUCUAGUCAAACAUCAUUACAAAAACAAAAUUUUAUUGUGCCACCAAAUCCGUCUUCUAUACAAAACUCAUCAGCUAUAAAUAAUAAUCAAGCUAAAACAUCAAUCAAUACACAUAAACAUACGAAUAAUACGAAUGAUGAUGGUCUAUAUCUUCGUUAUGAACGUGAAUCACCUUCAACUCAAACUUCAUAUCAUUUUUCUUAUGUUAUUGAUGAAUAUUCAUCGUCAACACAAAAGCGUUUACGAUAUGUUUCAAUAAAUGAUUUAUAA